CGCUGUCAGACAGGUGUUCUCCAGCUUGUGCUUCGUCAUCCAACAAGGCAAGCAAUCCUUCUCAUAGGUUGCGUCUGUACGGGUCGGACGUUGCGUGAUUUAAAGUUACACCUUAACUACUAAAUACUUAACUGUUUGCACAUCAAAGAUGGCUCCUCUUCUUCAAGCAACGCCCGAUGGCGACCGAUAUGAGCUCACCAGUCCAACGGCAAUGCCGAAAGCCGGUGGUUUUCUCUGGAAUCAGAAGAUGAUGAUCCAAGUGACUUGUCGAGGUUACGCGACUUCACAGUACAUGCAGCCGGAGCCUGCAAAAUAUGCUUACGCGCCGACACUGGAAGCAAAGACAUUUAUGCAACCUGAGCAAAAUUACUAUGCGCAUCAUCCUGGCCGUUUCGUGUACAUCAAGGAUGAGGAGACUAGCGAGAUAUUCUCAGCACCGUAUGAGCCUGUGCGCCGCAAGCUAGGAGAGGGUGAUGAGUUUGUAUUCUCUGCAGGAAAGAGCGACAUUUCCUGGACGAUGAAGUCGCUUGGAAUUCGGGUGGAGAUGUCAUUCCACAUUCCUACCAACGAUGUAGCAGAGCUGUGGUCCAUCAAAGUCACUAAUGUUUCGGGCCGCAAUCGUAAGCUCAGCAUCUACCCUUACUUCCCACUGGGUUAUAUGUCUUGGAUGAACCAGGAGGCGGAGUACAAUGAGAAAGUCGGCGGUAUUGUGGGAAGUUCUAAGACGCCCUACCAGAAAGCAGAAGACUACCCGAAAACAAAGUAUCUCAAAGACAAGACAUACUUCCUUUGCCAAGAACACCCAGUGGCAUGGGAGUCGAGGCAAUGGGCUUUCGAGCGCGAAGGCAGUUUGUCAAAUCCGGAAGCUAUCAAAGAGGAACAACUGAGCAACAGCGAUUCUCGCUACGAGACGCCGACCGCCGUAGUACAAUACAGAGUCACGUUGAAGCCCGAUGAGCAGCGAGAAUACCGUUUUUUGUUUGGUCCAGCCUACGAUGACCAAGAGAUCCUCGACAUGAAGAACAAAUACUUGGGAAAAGAGCAGUUCGCAAAGACUGCAAAGGAGUACCAGGAAUACAUUGCCAGAGGAAGCGGUGCGCUCAAGAUUGAGACGCCGGAUAAGGGCCUCGACAACUUCGUCAACAAUUGGCUACCACGACAAGUCUACUAUCAUGGAGAUGUGAACCGUCUUACUACCGAUCCCCAGACGCGCAACUAUAUGCAAGACAACAUGGGAAUGAGCUUCAUCAAGCCCGAAGUAGCUCGCGCGGCCAUCGUUAAGGCAGUCUCACAGCAGGAAAAGACGGGUGCUAUGCCCGAUGGUAUCUUGCUGGCCGAGGGCGCGGAACUCAAGUACAUCAACCAGAUCCCGCAUACAGAUCAUUGCGUGUGGCUGCCUAUCGCGCUGGAAAUCUACUUGAAUGAGACCGGUGACUAUGCGCUUCUCGACGAGGAGGUUCCAGGCAUGCACGGUGAUACAUACACGGUGUUCGAGCGCUUCAGCCGCGCGAUGGACUGGCUGCUCUCAGCCAGAGACCGACGUGGCCUCAGCUAUAUCGCCCAGGGUGACUGGUGCGAUCCCAUGAACAUGGUUGGACCCAAGGGCAUCGGUGUUUCGGGAUGGCUCACUGUAGCCACGGCCUACGCUCUCAACCUGUGGGCGGAAGUCUGCGAAGCAGCUGGCCAGGCAUCUGUCGCAGAGAAAUACAAAACGGGUGCCGAAGAAGUAAACAACUGCGCCAACAAGCACUUCUGGGACGGCGACUGGUACGCUCGCGGCAUCACCGACGACAACGUAACCUUUGGUAUCAAGGAAGACAAAGAGGGUCGCAUCUGGCUCAAUCCACAAGCGUGGUCUAUCCUCGGGGGUGCCGCAUCACAGGAUAAGAUCUCGAAGAUGCUCACCCAGGUCGACGAGCAGCUCAGCACGCCCUAUGGUGUCGUCAUGUUCGCGCCGCCCUUCACGGCCAUGCGUGAGGAUGUCGGGCGCGUAACGCAAAAGUAUCCCGGCCAGGGCGAGAAUGGCAGCGUCUACAACCACGCGGGUGCCUUCUAUGUUUGGGCCCUUUACAGUAUCGGCCAAUCCGAUCGCGCGUUUACCUACCUACGCCAGAUGAUUCCCGGUCCGAGCGAGGAGGACUACCUCCAGCGCGGGCAGUUGCCCGUUUAUAUUCCCAACUACUACCGAGGAGGGUACAAGCUGUAUCCUCGAACUGCUGGGCGUAGUAGUCAGCUUUUCAACACUGGCACUGUGAGCUGGGUGUAUAGGAGUCUUGUGGAGGGUUUGUGCGGGUUGAAGGGGGUGAAGGAUGGUUUGAGCGUGAAACCACAGUUGCCGAAAGAAUGGGAUGGAAUCAAAGUUACGAGGCUAUUCAGAGGAGCAACAUUCGAGGUUAACGUCAAGAGGGGUGACGGAAAAGACGUGAAGGUGGUUGCUGAUGGAAACGCGGUGGAGGGUGGCGUCAUCCAGGCAAUACAGGCCGGAAAGACGUAUAAGGUCGAGGUGGAGGUACCGAGGCAGUAAACAGCCAUAGCGACUGUGUGAUGGCCGAGCAUCUACAAUGUCUAGCAAAAGUUAUGUUUUGUCUGAAAAUUGUCUAUCGUUCUGCUCAGCGGCUAUAUCCAUUUCCAGGCCAAGCCAAUCUGAACAUAUCUUGAACCGACAAACAAACAUCCGCUCAUAAACAUAGAUAAGCCAGCGAAGAUCUGCAUAUACAGAUAUCCGCCGCUAUCUCUCUGGAUCAAAGCGCCAGCGAUGGGUGUGCCAAUAAGAGCCCCAAUUCCAUACAUGAACCAGUUCGUUCCAUUCCUCGUUCCGAUCUUCUUGAUGUCUGAGAUUUGAGCGACCAACGAGCUUGUGAGUGCGACGUAAGCUCCAUUGGUGAAGCCGACGAG